UCAGUAUAUUUUAGCGAUUAGUGUUCUAUAUAAAUGGCAGAUAAAAGACCGCGGUAUCAUUUGAAUAAUUCUAAUAGUGUUAAAUAUUUCAAGACCCACAUAAUGCGUCAAUGUUUAAUAAUUUCGGUGAUCGUUAUUUUGAUCACUUUGUCAAAAGUGUCAUCAGAAAUAUCAGAAUGCAUCGGAAACUGUCAAAAUAGUGAAACUCCGUAUUUGCCACACAAAAUUUGUACAAAAUUUUGCGUCUGCAAUCAUGGACGACCUACUGAGAUGUCAUGUCCUGCUGACCUACAUUUUUCACCAGAAAAUCACGUCUGCAUGAAUCCUUGGGACGCUGAAUGUCAAGAAGACAGAUCUGCUAUCAAAAACGAUAAUCAGAAUGAGGACGUAGCUGCAAUUAGUCAAUCGAAGUCAUCUUGUGUUGGGAAAUGCGACAGUUCAAUAAAUUACCUCCCUCACUCAGACCCCAAAAAAUUCUGCUUGUGUUACUUUGGGAACCCCAUUGUAAUGAAGUGCCAACCUGGAGCGAAUUUCAUACCGGAAACGAACAGUUGCUUACAACCGAAUGAAGUGAAUGAUCACCAGGAAGUAAAUUCUGAAGACUGUAUUGGAAAGUGUCCAGCAAAUAUGCAGCCAAAUGUUAUUUAUUUACUUCCCCACAAAAAUUGUAACAAAUAUUGUUUGUGUAUUCAAGGCUAUGAUAGAAUUAUUCACAGUUGUCCGGCUGAAUUAUUAUUUAGUUGGCCAGAAAAAAAAUGCGUCCAACCGGAAAUCGCACGCUGUGCCCAUUCUGAUUAUAAUUCUACUUAUUUGAAACUAAAAAUUCAUAACGUCUUUAGUCAUUUCUAUACCAUCGUUAACUAUUUAAAAGCCCGAAAAAUGAGUAAAUUUCUAACAAUUUUAGCGAUAACCGCUGCUGUUUCAAUCUCAAAAAUAUCAGCAAAAUCGACCGAUUGCAUCGGGAGUUGCAGAGACACCUACAUUCCGUAUUUGCCCCAUAAAAUUUGCUCUAAAUAUUGCAUGUGCAGCCAGGGCAGACCAAUAGAAGCAUCAUGUCCAGAAGGUCUCCAUUUUUCGUCAAAAAAUUUUGUCUGCAUGAACCCCGCAGAAGCUCAAUGCCAAGAAGAAGACUAUAGUUCUAGAGGCUGCAUAGGAGAGUGUUUUUGUGAAGAUCCUAACAAAGUUUGUCUACUGGCUCAUGAGAACUGCAAUAAAUUUUGCUUGUGUCGGUGUGAAAAAAAUACCGAAGUACACAAUUGUCCAGAGGGUUUGGACUUUAAUGUAGAACAGGCUCGCUGUGACCUUCCAUAUUAUGCCAAUUGUCCUAAUAUUUUGAUAUUCGGGCUGACGUACGCGUCAGCAAUGGAAAGUGUGAGUUUAAGAGAGUUUAAUUUAUUUGAUGAAAUAAAACCAAUGGAUUUGUCAAAGUGCAUCGGAAAAUGUUCAUGGCCUUCGAAACAUAUUUUUUCAAUAUUACCUCACGAGGAUUGCAACAAAUUUUGCAAAUGCUUUUUGGGGCAUCUGUUUGUAAAGAAAUGCCCGAGAAACAAACAUUGGUCAGUUGAGUUACGAAGAUGUGUGUUGCCUAAAUUCGCCAAGUGUGCGGAAAGAAGAAUGGGUUGCAUUGGAAAGUGUCCGGAUGAAAAUUGGCCACAAGCUGUCCACGUUUUGCCCAACGCUGAUUGCCGUAAAUUUUGUAUAUGUGAGAAAGGCACUGCGCUGGUUAAAGAUUGCCCGUAUGGCUUCAAAUACAGUAUUACCCAUGGGAUUUGUUAUCCGCCUAACGAAGCAGUCUGUAUUUCGGAUGCAACUACAACUACUUCUACUACUCCUUCAUUGAUACCAGAGAAUACUCAUUGCAUUGGCACGUGUUCACAAAAUCCUGAUGAUUUUGAGUAUCUAGCCCAUGGUGAUUGUACUAAAUACUGCAUUUGCGUCAAUGGUAACCCUGCGGAAAUGGAAUGCAAUUAUAAUUUACAUUUUUCAAUGGAUAUUCAUGAGUGUGUUAGUCCUGCUGAGGCUGAUUUGGUAUUGGUGGUUGCAUUUUUUGGUACAACAUAUGCAUCGAAAUGUAUUGGAGAAUGUGAGAGUUGGAUUGACGAUGAUAUGCAUGAUGAUUAUGGGUUGGAUCAUUUAUUGGAACACGAAGACUGUGAUAAAUAUUGCGAAUGUACGCCAUGGGGAGAGCUGAUUGAAUAUUCAUGUGAAGAUGGAAAAUAUUUCUCAUAUCUCUGGGGAAAAUGUGUUCAUCCAUCAUUAACUGAAUGUAAAAAUGUAUCUUUAGACACUACAUUAACUCCAAUACUACCUUCUUCAACAUCACCUUCAACAAUAGAGCCUCCAACGACAUCAUCUCCAACGACAGAACCUUCAACAACAACGCCACCAAUUGAUGAAAAUGGAUGCAUAGGAACCUGUCCAUCAAAAAAUCUACUCGAUCACGUUGAAUUACUGCCCAAUAAAAAUUGCACCAAAUUCUGUAUGUGUGAUUGGGGUGCAGCAAAACCAACGAACUGUCCUGCAGGAUUAUUAUUUAAUAAUAAAGUCAAAAGUUGUGAUUGGCCUUACAAUGUUGACUGCCAAUCACCAAAUCGUAUCGAAGAAUUUAAAUAUCUCGCGUCACAACGUACGUUAUCAAAAACCAUCAACUAUGACAACGAAAUCACUGAGCAAGUUGAUGACAAAGAAGACCAAGAAGUCGAAGGGUGUUUAGGCAACUGUCCAAUGACUAACUCACUUAAUUAUACGCUUCACAUCCCUCACAAAAAUUGUAAAAAAUUUUGUAAAUGUAACUGGGGCGAAAAAAUUGUUAUCAACUGCCCGGCAAAUUUACAUUUUAAUAAUGCAAGCAAAGUAUGCGAUUUUUUUUUCAACGCUAAUUGUACUGGUGUCGGUUCAAUUGAACAUUAAUAGUAAACUUAGUAAUUGUAAUUUUAAAAUUAUAGAAAUUCUUUCAAAAUGUAUUCCAUAGUUUAUUGUUUUAUUUAUUUUAUUAUUGUAAUAAAAUUAUUUUUAAAAAUCA